UCAGUGACGAGGAAAGGUUGUUUAUUGUGGCGGACCAAGAUGGCCGCGCUACGGAAGGUAACAAGCUGCCUCCGGCUCCUCAGGAGUUCUGCUCGUGUCCUGCUCGGCAACAGGAAACCAGGGAAAUGGAAAAGUAUUCUGUUCAGCAGCGUUGCCUCAUUAUCUGUCGGCGGUGGACUGUGUGCGAUACCUUUCAGACAGGUUGACAACCUCUCCCAUGACUCUCUGGUCAAACGAGCAGCAUCGCUGGUUACAGACAGUUCAAGCACUUUCCUCUCUCAGGCCACCCUUGCUCUCAUAGAUGCCAUCACAGACUACUCAAAGGCUGUGCACACACUCAUCGCUCUCCAAAGGCGAUAUUUGGACUCUUUGGGGAAACUGUCUCCAGCAGAAGAGGACACAAUCUGGCAGGUGAUAAUUCGCCAGCGUGCAGAGGUUAGUGACAGACAAGAUGAAUGCAAGCGUUUCGAGUUAACCUGGAUCACUGCAGUCAAGCUGUGUGAAACUGCAGCGGAGGCGGCAUACACCUCAGGAGCCGAACACGCGUCCAUCACGGUGAGGACAAACAUUCAGGUGGCCCAGACGCAGGUGAAUGAGGUACAAAAACUGUCAGCAGAUGCAGAUAAGAAGCUGGCUGAGACUAAAGUAAUGGAGGUUGAAAGGAUGGCACAGUAUGCUGCCUCCUUACAGAAUACUAAUGAAGAGGAAGAGGUGCCUGAGGCUUAUCUGAGAGAAGACUGAAAAAAACACCCUGUGUUAUAUUGGGGGGGAAAAAAGUCCUUAUUUUUUGAGUCUGUGUUGUGUUCAGCACUAGGAUUGAUUUGUCUCAUGUUAUCUGCACAUAAACUGCGAUACUGAAAAAGUAAAUCACCAAAUUAGGGGCAACGUCUCCAUAAUUUAGGAGACAUUGUAAUAACUAUUUAUUUCAGUAUUGAUUAUCAACUGAUUCCGGUGUGUAGAGGGUGAUGUUUUUCUCUUUCAUGUCAUGUGAUUUUGUGACUUUUGCUGCGUCAUAUUUUUGUGUUGUUUUGUUUUUUGUCAAAAAUGAUAUAAUAAAGACAAGACACUCAUGUGGAACAUACAA